AUGGCGUUCACAAGAGAUCAUGGCACAUGCUGCAUCGUGCUUCCCUUGAAGCUCGGCGUGUCGUUGGUUGCCAUGCUGGCCUUUGUUGACUCCGUCGUCUCCAUAGUUGCCACAUUCACGGGAGACAUCCGCUUUCAGCCGAAUGGCUACAAUGAGCAUUUCUACCGAGUCCCCGUCUUCAUCGGCGUCUUCGGAAUAUUCUUUGGUUUCUCCGGCCUGCUUGGUAUUUACGAUGACAAGCCGGCAUGGCUGCGUUGGCUCGUCUACUACCUCGGCGUCAAGCAGGUGGCCCUUCUGGUGACGAGCAUCGCUGACUACUCCACGCUCUGGAAAUGUGAGAGCUGGCCAACAUCUUCAGAUCGCGCUCGGGAAGUCAACCAGCAGCUCCUCUCCCUUUCAGAGGCCGGAGUCUGUCCGUGGGCCCGCCUCGCAUACAUGGUGGGCAGCCUGAUGGUUCAAGGGUUUUGGGCCUACUGUUUCUACCAUACCUACUCGUACUGGAGACAGUUGCAGUCGAACCCGGCCUAUCACAUUGACUUCGGUGCAGAAAAGCACGGUAUGGAAGGGCGCUGGGAUCAUUUCCAGGUGAAGGACCCCCGGCUUCCGGAGCACGAAGAGGGCCUUCCUCUGCUCCCGCAGCUCAAGGAGAGCGAGUAUGGCAGCGCAGACAAGGUCAAGCGCUAUGGGCCGGAUGGACAGGAGAUGGGCGAUGUCGACAUCUAA